AUGGACCCAACCGAUCAAAAUACUCAAGAACAAGAACAACCAUGUUCUCCUGCUCUUCGCAAGAGAUUACUUGAACAGGAAGAUGAUACUGAUGCAUAUAACCUCGGCGCUUUGCCUCAAGAAGUUUAUGAUACUGCCAAACGCAUCAAAACGCACGAUUUUUUAGCCGGUUUCGAUCAACCAAAACGCGAAAUCAUCAAUAUCUCUAGUGAUGAAGAAGCUCAACAUGAAAGUGAAGACAGGGAAAGUGAAAGUGAUGUUAGUAAUCGCAUUGCGGCGCGGACUCUGCCAUUGUUUCCUACAAGUCUGCAAGAGGAGUAUAGCAAGAAUAUCGCAAGAAGAUAUGCGGCACGCAUUCAUAAUGCUUCAGAGAAUAAAAACAAUGAUGCUGUGAACAAUGUGGCAGAUAAAAUCGAUGAUAACAAUGGUGUGAAAGAUGAAGUUGAUGAUGAUGAUGAUUCUCCAACUCCGUUCUCCGAAGCAAUCAAGGCUAUUCAAGAACGCGCCGAGAGAAACAAGAAAAGAGAGAUUGUUGAAGAACCUCCUCUAUGGAUUCCAAAACGAAGCGGAAAGGAUUUGGUUAGGAGAAGGUCCUAUGUUCCAUCGUUGCAAGAACUGUCUCUUAACAUUCUUGCCAAGCAUUCUGAUGCAAUUGCUUCGCUCGAUUGUGUCUGCGAUGAGCUCAGACAUAGGCUUAGUAAUCUGCUGUGUGAUUCUAGAAAGAUGAACUGUCACUUUCUUGAACUACUUCUUACUGAUGUUCCUACUCAAAUUCGGCUUAAAGACUGUUCCUGGUUGACAGAAGAAGAAUUUACUAAGUAUUUCGGAACUUUGGUCACUUCUGAAAUCGAGGUGCUGCAACUUGACAAGUGUGGAAGAUUUAUGACUGAAUAUACAUUACCUGCUACAUUGGCAAAGUCACCAAACUCCUUGUGUAAAUUAACCACUCUAUCGCUUACUGGUGCAUGUCGUCUUACGAAUGAAGGAUUGCGGUUACUGGUUUCGUCUGCAACGGAAAUUAGAUCCAUAAACCUAAGCCAGUGUUCACUUCUCACUUAUGCUAGUCUUGACAUUUUGGCUGAUUCAUUAGGAUCGGUUUUGAAAGAGUUGUAUAUUGAUGAUUGCAUACUCAUUGAUGUUGCGCUGAUUUUGCCCGCCUUGAAGCGAUUUAAGCGAUUAGAAGUUUUGUCACUAGCUGGUGUUCCAACUGUUUCUGAUAAGUUUAUCAUGAGUUACUUCACCGCGUGCGGUCAUAACAUCAAGGAACUUGUUUUAAGGGACUGCGUAAAUUUGACUGAUGCAUCGAUGAGAGUCAUUGCUAAACAUUGUCCUGGUUUACGUGUGCUUGAUAUUAUGAACUUGGGGAAACUGACAGAUUUAUCCAUCGGAUAUCUUGCAAAUAGUUGUCAAGGAUUGCGUACAUUGAAGCUCCAUCGCAAUCCAUUCAGCGAUGAAGCAAUUUCGGUAUUUUUGGAGUUAGCUGGCAAAACCUUGGAAGAGCUUUCACUUAAUAGCAUUAACAAGGUUGGCCUAUUGACAUCCUCAGCACUUACAAAGAAUGGCCAAAAUUUGCAUACCUUGGAUCUAUCAUGGUGUCGAAAUCUGUCUGACAAUGAGUUCGGUUUAAUUGUUGAUAGCUGCUUGUCGCUGAGGUCACUUAAAAUAUUCGGAUGCUCGCAGUUAACAGAGAUGUUUUUCAAAGGACACUCGAACUCAGGGGUUCGGAUCAUUGGAUUGAAGUUGAGUCCUUUAUUUCAGCAAUUCGAGUCUUGCUGUAAACUUUGA